UUAAGAAUUAUUUUUUUGGGGGGUGGAAUAUAGGGUUAGGAAAUGAUAGGAUAGUUUGAAGGGAUAGAUAAAUGUGGAUUGUUGGUAGUGCUGUUUUUUUCUAGCCGGAUUUUGGUUGAAAUAAAGUGUUUUGGUGGGAGUUUGGAGUUUGAAAACAAUGCAGUGUUAUGGAAACCGCACAUGUAUUUUCUUUUUCUUUAUCCUUCAAAUACUAUAUUUCGUGUCAGGAUAUAAGUACUCGUAAUCAUGAAAUGCAAUGGAUAACAUUUCUGUGAUUUUUGUUAAUUUUUAUUUGUUUGUUUAUUUUUUAUGGAAACAAUAUUUGAACUUCAGACUUCAUGCAAAGAAAUAUACAUUAUGAUGUAGAAGUUUCAUGAGAUUAUUUGCUUGCCAAAAUUUCUGCCAGACUUAUAUUGACAAACUAGGCUAAUCAAAGCACACGGUUAAUUGUAUGUAUAUGAUAAACUUGUUGCACGUUAAAUAUUUAGAAAAUACCUGUGUAUCCACCUCAGGAAUUUAAAAAAAUGCCUUGGUUAUGCACCUGUUGGCGUUACAGCAAAGACGAACAAGCCUCACCUCGUUAGUGAUUUAUGAUUAAAUACUGAAUCAAUCUAAGUUCUGUCUAUCCAGAGUGAAUGAGCAGAUUUACUAAAAUGCAUAAUUCAGGGAAGUGUCAUGUUUAACUCGAAAGGUGUAUUCACCUUCCUUAUUUUUAUGAUCUUUUUGUCCCACAUAUACGUAAACUUUAUCUACUUUGUUUGAGCUUUAAUUAUAUUUUUGUUUUGCUCAAGCAUGCCAGCUGAAGUCUGCAUGACAUGAGUGAGGCAAGGGCCCACAAAUGCGGACAAAAAUGCGGUGUAAAUGCAUUUAGGGUGAAAGGUCAUGGGAGGUAACUCAGAGAGGCUUUGGCUUAGAGUUUUAAGGUCUUCUAUUACAUAUCACUCAGUUUCAAUUAAACUGGGAGAGAAAAAAAGCUGUUUAACUGUGAAAAACUAUGUAUAGUUUUGAAAGCCACUGCUCGUGUCAUUAAAACAGGCCAUUAGUGAAAGCAGAGCUUUCAAGUAAUAUGUCCACAAUGUCUGGAGGAAAGAGGAAGUCACGCAAGCCGCAGAAGUGGGAAGAUUAUGUUGCGGAUGAGGAGCAGCUGGCCUCCAUUGAGAAGGAGCUCGAGAAAGAGGAGAAGGCUCGGAUGCAGAACCUAGAUGAUGACGACUCAAAUAAAGAGAGGGAGAGUGAGGAAGAUAUAAAAGUAGAGGAGGAGGACAUAAAAGAAGAAAAGGAAAGGGUGAUGUCGGAAGAUGAGAUGCAGUUGGAGAUUGACAUGAGCAGAGGUGAAGAAGACCAAGAUAUACGAGAUUGCGAAAGCAGGAGUAAAGAAGAAGAGAGUGACGGUGAAUUGGAAGAUAGAUUAGAUGCAGGGCAGUCCAUUCCACCAGGAGAAGCAGAUCAAGUAAUUGGGGAAUGUAAGUCGUGUGGGAUUCAGCUGCGUGACUGGAGUUCUACCCAAAGCCACCUCAGAUUUCACCGUCUGUCCCACGUGCCGUAUUGUAUCAACUGGUCAUCCUGUGUUGCACCUCAGACAAAAAGAAUCACCUGCCAGGUUUGUCAGCGUCACUGUCAGACCAAGGACGUUCUAGCAUACCAUGCCUACUCUGAGCACUACAGAGGGGAUUUGAAUACCUGUCCCUUCUGCAGCACUUCUUUUAAGAACAUGAAGGAAUUCCAGGAGCACCUAGACUUCGAUACUGUCAGCUUGCGGUGUCACGUUUGUGAAGUGUUUGUGAAUGAGGAGCAUAAAUAUUAUCAACAUGUUGCAGACUGCAUCGCAAAAAAGUAUCCAAAAGCUACAUCUGUUGUUUGUCAUAUCUGUAAAAAGAUUACAGAAGUUUUUCAGCUGUGUGACCACUUGAUGCAACAUAGCACUCUCCCAAAUCUAUCUCGAUAUUUGGCGCAGAAGAAUAGGAGACGUCCAGUCAUUCCUCCCAAAUCAGAGAACUCUCGACAGCAGCAGAGUCGUUUCCGCCCAUUCUUGUGCGAGAUCUGUGACCGGAGAUUUGUUGUGUACAGUGAAUUUAAACGGCACUUGUAUUCUCACUUUAAGUCACGAUCAUUUGUAUGCACCUAUUGUGGGCGGAGUUACUGCCAGAAGAACACGCUCAUUGUUCAUCUUUACUCCUAUCAUAAUGCUUCUCUCAAGGCUGAGGAAAUCACUCCCACGGAGGAUACCAACCAAAGAGUUUGUGAGCUGUGUGGCAGGGCUGGAUUUCUGAGUGAUGAGUUUUUGAUACGUCACUGUAUUCUGCGAUGCUCACAGCGGAAUAAUCUCCAACUGUCAUUCGCAGCCAUUGUAACAAGCAUUGCCAAGAAACUAAACCUCUGCUUCAGUGAGACACUUGGCCAUGAAUCCAUGCAUACCUACCUGAAGCUGGGGCUAGAGGCUUGGGAGAAACCAGCUUGUGUUCAUGAACUCUUAGAGUCACUAUUGACCAACAAAAGCACUGCGCCUGUUUCUCCUGGAGGACACAGAGAGUUAAUAGAAUUCUCUGAUGUGCAGCUUCUAGCAUACUUAGACCAUUUUGAAGAAAGGAACCGAGGAAAGGACAAGGAUCUGGAGUUUCUGUUGAAUCCUAGAGCUAAAGAUGGGAUCCCCACUCAAGACCUACCCUCUCUAGAUGAGAUUCAGUCAAAAAACCAAGUCGAUGUGAAGAGGAAAGUGGAGGGAGGAAUGAGGGGCGAAGAUUCACUUGCAGCCUCUUCAGUAAGGUCGAAGGAGGGAGAGAUGAGCAGCCAGGAUUCCCAAGGUGCCUCUUAUGCAAGCAGCGAUACACCUUCAUCUGAUUCCCCUUUGAACUUGAGACGCCUGAUGCAGCAUCUAGGAAGGAGCAGUGAUAAGAGAAAAGCUGGGGACGGGGAUGAUGGAGGCCAGAUUGACAUCUGCUUGGUGACUUCCACCACAAACACUCAAGUCACUAUAACACCAGCUGGAGAGAAGGCACAAGAUAUGAAGCCUCCAAAAGUUGCUAGAUUCAUUUCUCACAAGCCAUCCGUGGAAGAGAUACAGGAUGAUUAUCCUGGAGUUACUGUACUGAAGGGUGUGGAUUUUUCAAGAAUACCUGCUCUCCUGCUAGAAAUGCAAGAAAUGAUGGAUUACAAAACACAGAAGGAAAUGGACAAGGCGGGCAUUCUUCCCACAGAUGUCCAGAGGCUAGAAAUAGAAGCCCAGCUCCUUCGAGAGGCUGAGCCCUUCUAUCUCAGCCAAGAUCUGAAAUGGAAACUUCCUGGACGUAAUGGUAACUUGAGAGUGUUUAAACAGGAAAUGUGUAACAAUAUUCCAGUCCCGGACAAUGUUGCAGAUUUCAUAUCCAGCACAAAGGACAUAUAUGACCAGCUGAACUCCAAGUGCAAUACCAAUGGAAGCAGUUUAAAUUCUGCAAGCAAAGUAAAUUUACCAAGGGAUAAAGACAUCCUCAGAUUACUUAAAGAGGCCCAGGAACUCGGCUUUUCAGGUUCUCAUUCUUUUAAAAGUUAGUUGCUUCUUUAAUAUAAAUUGAAAAAUGUAAAGUAUAGGAGAGAAAUAAGGCAUAAAUCUUUAUUCUUGUCUUGUGAUCAUUUUAGGCAUAUUGAUAUGGACUACAUUUCAUUACAAUUUAUAUCAUUAGUUGAUAAGAAUCUCAGGUUUAAAACAGAACAAUGUGAAAAAAAAAAAGAUGAAACUGGGUGCACACAUACACUAACAUUUUGUAAGAGUAAGAGCUGAAAAAGUACAAGCUUUAGACUAGGAUAAGCAGAUGUGCUCCUGAAAAUGGCUGUAUCUUGUAUACUUUUAUAUACAUUAAUGUGUAACAUUUGCAAAAGCAUACAAUGUUCCUUUUUAUACAAAAAGAGUUUAUAGAAUUUUUAUACAAAAUACAAAAUAUAGAGAACAACA